UGACAAGUGGAUCCAAGAUGGCGUAGAAAGUAAUGACAGGAAUUGGAUGAAGUAAUUGGUCACUCAUGAACUACAGUGCUGGUGAGAUGUGUAAGAAAUUAUAAAGAGCUCUGAUGGGCUAUUUGGGUGAUACCCAGUGCAGUGAACUGCAGGAGUUUUAUUCCUGAGUCAUGGAAGACAGAAGAGCUGAAAAGUCAUGUGAACAAGCGUGCGAGUCACUGAAGAGGCAGGACUAUGACAUGGCUCUCAAGCACUGCACAGAAGCCCUUCUUUCUCUCGGCCAGUGCCCCAUGGCAGAGAUCACAGGGCCGUGCCCAUUGGAGCUGGAACGCAUCAAAAUCGAGAGUCUUCUUUACAGAAUCGCCUCAUUUUUGCAGCUGAAAAACUAUGGGCAAGCUGAUGAAGAUUGUAGACAUGUGUUGGGAGAAGGACUGGCCAAGGGAGAGGGUGCCUUUCGGGCAGUGCUGUGCUGCAUGCAGCUGAAAGGAAAGCUCCAACCUGUGUCCUCCAUCCUUACCAAGUCACUGACCGGAGAGUCCCUGAAUGGGAUGGUAACAAAAGAUUUAACAAGACUGAAAACACUUCUCACAGAAACAGAGACUGCGACUAGUAAUGUCCUCUCUGGACAUCAAGUGGAAGAGUUAGACGAGGGGUCUUGUAAUGGUUGGCAUUUCCGCCCACCACCUAGGGGAAUCACAAGCAGCGAGGAAUAUACUUUGUGUAAAAGAUUUUUAGAGCAAGGAAUCUGUAGGUAUGGUGCACAGUGUACUUCAGCACAUUCCCAGGAAGAACUAGCAGAAUGGCAGAAAAGAUACGCUUCACGGUUGAUAAAACUGAAACAGCAAAACGAGAAUAAACAGCUCUCAGGCAGUUAUAUGGAAACCUUGAUAGAAAAGUGGAUGAAUUCUUUAUCUCCUGAGAAAGUGCUUAGUGAAUGUGUGGAAGGAGUAAAGGUGGAGCAUCAUCCUGACCUGUCCAUUAUUGUCAACACCAAAAAAUCUCACCACAUGUGGACCUUUGCUCUCACUUGUAAGCCUGCAAGAAUGCUGUAUCGUGUAGCAUUGCUUUAUGAUGCUCAUCGUCCUCAUUUUAGUAUCUUUGCAAUAUCUGCCGGAGACAGUACUACCCAGGUAUCACAAGAAGUCCCAGAAAACUGUCAAGAAUGGAUAGGAGGAAAGAUGGCCCAAAAUGGAUUAGAUCAUUACGUAUAUAAAGUCGGGAUAGCAUUUAACACAGAAAUAUUUGGAACUUUUCGCCAAACCAUAGUUUUCGACUUUGGAUUGGAACCAGUACUCAUGCAAAGAGUAAUGAUUGAUGCAGCUUCUACAGAAGAUCUUGAAUACCUGAUGCAUGCAAAACAACAGCUAGUAACCACAGCUAAGCGGUGGGAUUCUUCUUCUAAGACUGUUAUAGAUUUUGAACCUAAUGAAACUACUGAUUUGGAGAAGAGCCUUCUUAUCAGAUACCAAAUUCCUCUUUCUGCUGACCAGCUAUUUACCCAGUCUGUUUUAGACAAAUCAUUGACCAAGACCAACUAUCAGUCUCGGUUGCAUGACCUUCUUUAUAUCGAGGAGAUAGCCCAGUAUAAAGAAGUCAGCAAGUUCAACCUUAAAGUGCAAUUGCAGAUUCUAGCAAGCUUCAUGCUCACUGGAGUUUCUGGGGGUGCAAAGUAUGCCCAGAAUGGGCAACUUUUUGGUCGUUUCAAGCUUACUGAAACACUUUCUGAAGAUACUUUGGCUGGACGACUGGUGAUGACCAAAGUCAAUGCUGUUUAUUUAUUACCAGUCCCUAAAGAAAAGCUAGUACAGACCCAGGGAACCAAAGAGAAGGUUUAUGAAGCUACUAUUGAAGAAAAAACAAAAGAAUAUAUAUUUUUAAGGAUAUCCAGGGAAUGCUGUGAAGAGCUUAAUCUUCGGCCUGACUGUGACACACAGGUUGAACUUCAGUUUCAAUUAAAUCGAUUACCCCUCUGUGAAAUGCAUUAUGCACUAGACAGGAUCAAGGACAAUGGUGUUUUGUUUCCAGACAUCAGUAUGACUCCCACCAUACCUUGGAGUCCCAACAGGCAAUGGGAUGAGCAGUUAGAUCCUCGGCUAAAUGCGAAGCAGAAAGAAGCUGUCCUGGCCAUUACUACCCCACUUUCCAUCCAGCUGCCGCCUGUCCUUAUCAUUGGGCCUUAUGGGACAGGCAAGACCUUCACUCUUGCUCAGGCUGUCAAGCACAUACUGCAGCAGCAGGAGACUAGCAGGAUUCUCAUUUGCACCCAUUCUAAUAGUGCUGCUGAUCUCUACAUAAAGGAUUAUUUACAUCCAUAUGUAGAAGCAGGCAAUCCCCAGGCAAGACCUCUCAGGGUAUACUUCCGAAAUCGCUGGGUAAAGACUGUCCACCCAGUUGUGCAUCAGUACUGUUUGAUCUCAAGCGCACAUUCCACCUUUCAGAUGCCCCAGAAAGAAGACAUUCUUAAACAUCGAGUGGUGGUGGUUACGUUGAACACUUCCCAGUACCUCUGUCAGCUGGACCUUGAACCUGGGUUUUUUACACACAUUCUGUUAGAUGAAGCUGCCCAAGCCAUGGAGUGUGAGACCAUUAUGCCUCUAGCAUUAGCAACUAAAAAUACUCGGAUUGUUUUGGCUGGUGAUCACAUGCAGCUCAGUCCUUUUGUUUACAGCGAAUUUGCCAGGGAAAGAAACCUUCAUGUUUCAUUACUUGAUCGACUUUAUGAGCAUUACCCUGCAGAGUUUCCAUGCAGGAUCCUCCUGUGUGAGAACUACCGCUCCCAUGAAGCUAUCAUCAAUUAUACCUCUGAGCUUUUCUAUGAGGGUAAACUAAUGGCCAGUGGAAAGCAACCAGCACACAAGGAUUUCUAUCCACUAACUUUCUUUACAGCACGAGGGGAAGAUGUGCAAGAAAAAAAUAGCACAGCUUUUUAUAACAAUGCAGAGGUAUUUGAAGUGGUGGAGCGUGUCGAAGAGUUAAGAAGGAAGUGGCCAGUUGCGUGGGGGAAGUUAGAUGAUGGCAGUAUUGGUGUGGUAACUCCGUAUGCUGAUCAAGUAUUUAGGAUCCGUGCUGAGCUUCGAAAAAAGAGAUUAUCUGAUGUUAAUGUAGAACGGGUGCUAAAUGUUCAAGGAAAGCAGUUCCGAGUUUUGUUUCUUAGCACGGUUCGUACAAGACAUACUUGUAAACAUAAACAGACACCAAUUAAAAAGAAAGAGCAACUUCUGGAAGAUUCCACAGAGGAUUUAGAUUAUGGUUUUUUAUCUAAUUAUAAACUUCUCAAUACUGCCAUCACAAGAGCACAGUCCCUGGUGGCUGUGGUGGGUGAUCCCAUUGCUCUGUGCUCUAUUGGGAGAUGCAGGAAGUUUUGGGAGCGGUUUAUUGCUCUGUGUCAUGAAAAUCACAGCCUACAUGGGAUCACAUUUGAGCAGAUCAAGGCUCAGUUAGAGGCUUUAGAACUAAAGAAGACUUAUGUGUUGAAUCCACUGGCUCCUGAAUUUAUCCCCCGGGCUCUAAGGCUACAACAUUCAGGAAAUAGCAACAGGCAGCAGCAAUCACCACCCAAG